GGCCGGGCCGGGCGGUGCGCUGUGGGCGAGCGGCCAUGGCGGCUGCGGCGGCCGAGGCCCAGGCUAGGUUGGCAGCGGGGGCCGUUCUGUUGUGCCGCCGGGUUCGGUGCUGGGCCCUCCGCGGAACUCCCGUCGGGCACACAGAGUUCUGCUAUUAAAUCCAAGCAGUGAGGAGUGCACCUUCUCUUUGCAGAGACUGCUUCUAUUGCUGUGGAGGUUGGUCAGUGUGCAGUACUGCUUUAAGCUGAGCACUUGAGGCCUCUGGAAUCAGCACCUGCUGUGUUAGCUAGUGUAGAAUGUAAGCAAAUGCUUGUAAUUAAAAGUACAUUAGGCUGAAGGUUAUUCAAAGCUGAUGUGAAGAUGUAGUGGAACCUUAAGAGAUUCGAUGUCCUGAAACAGAAACCUCAAAAGUGAUGUGGGCCAAUUCGGAGGCAGUCAUUCUGUACUGUGUAGUCCUGGGCCACUGGAGGAAAAGAAGAAAAUGGCUUUGGGCACAGUCCCCCUACUUGUAGCAGAAGUUCAAGAGGUGAUCAUCUCUGCAGACCAAUCAAACUAAAUGGGUCCAGUCACUGGAAUGACUCCGGAUAAGAAAGCUAAAACUCCAGGAGCAGAAAAAGCUGCAGGGCUAAGGCAGCCACACAGGAUGGGAAGCCUGCCUGAUGCAGGAGAUGCUGGGAGGCCUAAGGCCACUGUAGUGGACAGUGAUUCAGCAGACGAUGAGCUCACAAACUUGAACUGGCUGCAUGAAAGUACUAAUCUUCUAACAAACUUCAGCCUUGGAAGUGAGGGUCUUCCAAUUGUUAGCCCUUUAUAUGACAUUGAGGGUGACAGCGUGCCAUCCUUCUCACCCUCCUGCUACCAGAAUCCAGAAAAAAAAUCUUCUACUUCCAAGCCUCCUUAUUCUUUCAGCCUCCUCAUCUAUAUGGCUAUUGAGCAUUCUCCCAACAAGAGCCUCCCAGUCAAAGAAAUCUACAGCUGGAUCCUGGAACGCUUCCCCUAUUUCGCCACAGCACCAACAGGAUGGAAGAACUCUGUGCGACACAACCUCUCCUUGAAUAAAUGUUUCCGGAAGGUGGAGCGAAGCCAUGGCAAGGUGAAUGGAAAAGGUUCCUUGUGGUGUGUCGAUCCAGAAUAUAAGCCUAAUCUCGUUCAAGCACUGAAAAAGCAGCCAUUUCCUUCAGCACUUGCAUUCUACACUCCACCGGCAUCACCACCAAGUAGGUCAUCUUCUCCUCACUACUUAUCUUCAGUACUUAAACAGAAUAAUGGCCGAUCUCUCAAAGAAUCUGAUAUUGAUGCUGCUACUGCGAUGAUGCUGUUGAAUACUUCAAUAGAACAAGGGAUGCUAGACUGUGAGAAACCUCAGUCUCUGAAGACACCUAAGAAGAGGAGUUACGGCAGUGCGUUUAAUCCUUCCAGUUCCAUAAAUCUGCAAGAAAAUGAUUCUGCAGCCACCAAUAUUGAUCCGAAGGAGGAUCAUAAUUACAGUGCUAGCAGUUUGGGCUCGCAGCGUUGUGCAUCUAGGUCCAGUGUGUCUUCCUUGUCCUCUGUUGAUGAGGUGUAUGAAUUUAUCUCCAAGAACAGCCAUGCUGGAAGUGAUGGCAGUGAAGGAUUUCACAGUGAAGUGGAUACAGACGUUGACUACGAAGACGAUCCUCUUGGAGACAGUGGCUAUGCAUCACAACCUUGUGUAGAUACCUCUGAGAAAAGUCAGCCUAGCAACAAAGCGCUCAAGGAGUUGUGUCAAGAAAUUGAUGAGGAGCUGAAAGAAGCAGCGGGGUCCCUGCUCCACCUUGCUGGCAUCCAAACGUGCUUGGGUUCCUUAAUAAGUACUGCAAAGACCCACAGUCACAAGCAAAGGAAAAAAUAGUAUGUUUGUCAAUGUUGAAUAUAUACAUAUAUUUUUUUUAAUUGUGGCAAUACUCUUCUACUUUUACCCUUCACAAGGGAGAUCAAAGCCAUAAGAGGACUCAUUGCUUUUUUAUUUUUGGCACUAACUGUAAUUUAGCCAUUUAUUUUUAAAUCACUGCCUAAAAAGAAAAAAAAAAAAAUCAGAUUAGAAGAGAUGCAUGACUUGUGAAAACCUGAAAGCAUACUUCUUAAUGAUCACUUUUUUUCCUUCUUUUUUUCCUUUUUUUUUAAUUGUUUUUUGUUUGUUUGUUUCUGGAGUUAUUUGCUCAGAUGCAUGUUAUGGUUCAUGUUGACAUCGCUGCUGGCGUCAUCUGCAGAGGUGAAUUUUGCCCUGUCUAAGGGCUCUGACUUCCAUGUAAAGAUUCAGAAAGGAGGAGAAAAAAGAAAAGGAAAGAAAGAAGGAAAAAAAGAAAUGUUCUGGCCUGAAUUACCUCCUCCCAUGUGCUCCUCUCUGCUCUUCUAAUUGCUCUUCAGUGGAAAUGCUGCAGAGGUAGCUCCCAGUGGCUGCAGUUUUCAGCCCAUCCAAUACGAUGUCUGAAAAUUGCACCACUGCAGGAGGUGCUCUCAGCAAGCUGUAGGUAGGGGCAGAGGGAAGGAGUACAGCCCUCCCAGGCAGAGUGGACAAGGGGCAGCUGAGGUGGGUGCCACCCUCUGCUUUAUUUUUCUUUCCUGCUUGUACCCUCACUGCCAGCCUGCUGUCUGCAGGUCAGGUUCCUGAACCUGUUGGUUGUUUUGUUGUUGUUGUUUUUUCCAUCUUAAGACAUAAUGUCCUGGGGGGCAGAGGCUAGGGAUCAUUUUGUUACAGAUGUGCACACAUCUUGGGUGUAGCCUACAGUGAAAGCUGCUUUCCAAGCUUGAUGUCCUCUUAUCACUGCCACUGUUGAACAUGUAGUAGAAUCGUACAACUGUGGAAUAUCUUGAGGUGGAAGGGAAAAAUAGGGAUCACUGAGUCCAACUCCAGGCUCCACGUACCACCACCUGAUAAUCAGACCAUGUGUCUGAGAGCACGAGCAGAAGUUCUGCUGCUGUCCCACUGCCACAUCUGCUGCCUUGCUCCCCAGUGGAAGAGAUGGACUCAGAAUAAAGAACAGCAGCUCGUGCUGUUAAACUGGAAGUAAGGUAGAGGUUUUAGGUGGUUCGGUCAUGAAUGACCGCUGACAAGAGAAAUUUCACCCCCAACCUGAAACAAAGCCAAAUAGCUUCCUUUUGAAUUACUGAACACAGAAAAGCAAUUUGUGUUUUUUGGCUGUCCGUACUCUGUUUCCCAGAUCAGCGUGCCUUCUGUUCUGUGAAUCCUUUAGACCUGCCACAUACAGUGCAUCUAACAAGCAAGGCGAGCCUUUGCCCCUUGGAUGUCUGUAGUAGCUCUCUGUUUUGGGAAGGAAUUCCUUCACAAUUCAUUUUUGCAAUAAAAGAAUCUGUAGAGUUCCCACACAUCAUUUGGCCAAAAAAAAAAAAAAAAAAAAAAUUAGUGUUAUGGUGAAUUUCUUCCUCUUUAUUUUAUAUAAGUGCUGGUUUCUGAUCUUUUAUUGAUUUGUUGUUUUAUUCUUUAAAGAAGAAAGGUUUUCUGCCCAAAAAUGGGUACUCAGUGCUGUUAGGGUGGGUUUUAACUGUGCUGUAACAAUAAGGAUGCCUUAAGUGUGUUUCAGAAUCUUAGACAAUAUAGGCGGUCAUCUUUCGUGUUUCUGAAGGGCAGUGCGAUGUGCCAUAAAGUUUUCAGCUGACACGUUGUUGUUUCCAGCAGUUCUUGGGCAAAGCUGAGUAAGAAUUAGAAGUAGGAAACCAGCAUCAGCUGUUUCGGUGGUUGAAAACGGUGCUGGGUUCAGCCAAAAGGUAACCAUCCUUAGUGGAAUGCUUUUCUGGCUCUUUGGAGGCCUUUUAGAGAUCAGUGUUUUUUCUUAUUUGUCAAUCUUUUCAUGAGUACUGCCAUAAACGUCUACUUUAAAUACGAAUACAGCCAUGCUGCUGAGGGUCUGUUGCUCUAAGGGCCUGGUUCAGUGCCUCUUGAAGACAAUAGUGGUGCUCCCACUGAUUUCAUGGCUGUAGGAUCAAGCCUGAAAUAUCUGAGGUUCUUUUGUAGCAUGUUUUGGAAUUCAAAGCCAAUUUUCUUUUUAAAGCACAAACACUAGAAAAUGUCUUUUCCUUUUUUUUUUUUUUCCCCCUAUCACUUCUGUUUUAAGAAUGAAUUGUUUUAUUUCUUGAAAGGGAAGAACUCUGCUGCAUUCCUACUUCAUGUUAACACCCAUUAGUCUACACUGUAACAGGACAAUGUUUGUACAGAUGUGUAUGUCUUCUGGAUAUCACAAGUGGUGCAUUAGCCAAUUAGAUCUGAUAUUGGAUGGUACUGAUGAAUAGCGGGGAGAAAUUCGCUAUUUGAAAGAAAGUUGCAGAUAAAUGCAGUGGUUCUUAGGAUUUUGGGAAGUGCAGAUGUGAAUGCUCAGCGGAAUUACUUUUUGCUCAUAGUUUGCUUUGGCGUUUUGACUGAAUACUGCAAAGGGCAGAGUCUGCAUCAGUGCAGAGAAUGAGGAUUCACCUACAGAGAGAUGCUGUUAGCAGUCAGGAGUUUUGCUCGGUGCCGUGACGUCAGUGGGGUGCUGUUGAAGAAGGGUGCCAUACGGCUCAUGCUGGAGUUGGUUGCAACUCUUCUCUGGCUUCCAAGGAAAGCCAGGUCAAUGUCCGGUCACUUGGGAAAACGUGCCAAUAUCAGCUCCAUGGCUGGGUUUGAUUCUGAGCUGCUUUUGGCCUUGGAUAAAACCUGAGGGGGUUAAUACUUAACUAGGAGCAUGGCUGUGCCAUGGCUCACCCUGAAGCAGGUGAUCGUGUGGGACUGGGAAGCUACCAGUGCAUUUAAUGACCAUAUGCAACAAGCAAUAAACCUGUGCUGGUGAGCAGCUAACAGAGAAAGCUGCAUCCAUCCUCACAGCUUUCAGCAGGAGAGAACUGAAGGUCAGAAUAGUUGCGGUUCCUUUCGCUUCCAUAGCUAGAAUGGGGUUUGGGUUUGUUUGCCACCUGAGUUAAAGACCCUGGUGUAUAUAGUAUAAAUGGAGUAUAAUUAAAAGUUAUUUUGACUGUUGGUGGGUUGGUUUUCUUUAGUGACAUAUGUAAAAUGUUCAUGCCAAUGGUUGACUCAAAUAUACUUUAACAGCAGUUAAAAGGCAACAGAAGUAUUAAUGAACCACCUUCAUUCCUUUAAACGCAGUGGAGAAGUGCACAGGACUGGUGUGGAAGGGAGGCUGCUCUGCUUUUGGGUAAAUUGUGAUGUGGAUGCUGUACAAACCUGUGCUGGUCUUUCAGACCCAGAUACUAAAUUAUUGCUUUUGUGAAACUUGCCUCAAAUGUUUUAAAAUCCAGUUUUAAAAUGGAGGUCGCCUAGUUUGCAGCUUCUCAUUAGGCUGAAAAGGAAAAGCUUUGGUUAAAGCAAACUGCGCUCACACGUGUGAAUAACGGUGUAGUCAAAAUAUUUAUUGGAAAGAAGACAUAGAAUAUUUUAAAUGUUGCACCUGCCAUUCUAUCUUAAAGCACAUUCUUCACAACUAACUGCCAGUGCCAUUACCAAGUCUGUUUUAUGAGUGUACAUUUCUUCAAACUAAAAAGUGCAUAAUUAAAAGUAUUAUGUUGCUGCCAUAUAGUGAUAUAAAACAUUUUAUAAUUGCCAAUUCAUUGUAACUAUUAUUUAUUUAAAAGUGAAUUGUAAGAAUGCUUUCUGAUCAAAUGAACCAGAGUUGUUUUUAAAAUGUUCCCUCUUGCUUGUUUCUGAUGUAGCAUAAGCAGCGUCCUUGGGUUUGGUUAGGAUAAUUUUGCCUGUAGGUGACCAAUUCUAACCCUCUUUCCUCCACUUUAGUCCUUUACCCGUUUUAAAGAAUAUUUACAGAAGUUUAGUUUUUUGUAUGCUAAUCUCUGUUAAUUAAAAUGUUUAUAAAGUUUAUUUUUACCAAAGAGAUGCAAUUCAUUAUGACAAAAUAUUGCAGAAUAAACUUUGUUUUAUAACAUUUGUGACUUUUCUGCCCACAUUUUUCAUUCAGAAGAUCAAAGGGGCUUUUAUAAAAUAAAUGGCAUUGCAAACAAA